UAUGUGGACAGGAGGCGGCUAAGCUAGCUGUCAACUAAAGUUCAGAAGGAGUUUAUGGGUCAGUUAUUUAACACCGGAUAGGUGACAGUUAUCAAACAGUAUCGACCGAUAUGAGCGGCAACAAAGAAGUCAGUUUUGAUCCAAAAGAGCACCAGCACCUGCGUUAUAACCCUCUGCGGGACACCUGGGUGCUGGUGUCGGCCCACCGCAUGAAGCGACCCUGGGCAGGUCAGGUGGAAAAACCUCCUGAGGAACACAUACCCAGAUAUGACCCCCGCAACCCACUCUGUCCUGGGAACACACGUGCAAAUGGAAAGGUUAAUUCAGACUAUGACAGCACUUUUCUUUUUGAUAAUGACUUCCCCGCUCUUCAGCCCGAUGCUCCAGAUCCUGGUUCAGAUCAGCAUCCAUUGUUCCAGUCUAAAGCUGCCAGGGGCGUCUGUAAGGUCAUGUGUUUCCACCCCUGGUCUGACAUCACCCUCCCUCUCAUGAAAAAGCAAGAGGUUGUUGAGGUGAUUGACAAGUGGGCGGAGCUUGUCAAAGAACUGGGCGCCACGUACCCCUGGGUUCAGAUUUUCGAGAACAAAGGAGCCAUGAUGGGCUGUUCAAAUCCACAUCCUCACUGUCAGGUGUGGGCCAGCAACUUCCUGCCUAAUGAGCCGGCUCUGUCAGAUCGCUGUCAGAGAGCCUACUAUCAGAAAUAUGGAGAACCGCUGCUGCUGCAAUACGCCAGACAAGAGGCUGAGAAAAAGGAACGUGUGGUGGUGGAGAGUUCUGAUUGGCUGGCGGUGGUUCCAUAUUGGGCGACGUGGCCCUACCAGACGCUGUUGUUACCACGACGACAUGUCCUCAGGCUCACUGACCUGACAGCGGAGGAGAGGGAUGGUCUGGCCGACAUCAUGAAGCGACUGCUGACCAAGUACGACAAUCUGUUUGAGAUCUCUUUCCCGUACUCCAUGGGCUGGCACGGAGCCCCGACUGGCCCCCAUUUAAAGGAAGACAACUCUCACUGGCAGCUGCACGCUCACUACUACCCUCCUCUGCUGCGCUCAGCUACAGUUAAGAAGUUCAUGGUGGGGUAUGAGAUGCUGGCCCUGGAGCAGAGAGACCUCACCCCCGAACAGGCAGCUGAGAAGCUGAGGAACCUUCCAGAGGAGCACUAUAAAACCAGAGGGCACCUGGAAAAGGGAGGAGGAAAGGAGACAGAAGAUGGAGCAAAGGGAAAAUGAAAAUGUUGGCAUUGUGUGUCUCUGCAGACCAAAUGACAUUAAAUUAGUAUGAUUCAUACUACCUAUUAUUUAGAUGUUUCUUUAGUGACGGGAAUCGAGUGUUCCUUUUUCCCCUCGCAAACAUUUAGCACAAAUUUGGAGCGUUAUUUGACCCCCUUUCCAACAAGAUAGCUUUACAUGGUUAGCACCAAUGGAUGCCUUGGGUCCUCUAGUUUAAUAUGAUACACAUGUCUUCACCGUAGCUUUAAAAUUGAGCCCGACUGAGCAGGUUUUCUCACCGUCAUACCUGCUGCUUCUUCAUGUUUUUUUUGCCAGCCAUGUGGCCUCUUUCCUCCUUCCAUUUCCCACCUCUCUUUGUACCCUGACGUUUCUGUUAGGGGGUCCAUAAUUUUUCUUAAGGCAUUCUGACUUAGCGAAUCAGGCAGCAGUCCGCCUCACAUGUUUACAUCAUCAGUAUCAGAUGAAAAUACAUGUAUUUAUCAUGCAAAUAUGUAUAAUGUAAAUCACAUAUUGUCAUUGAUUUACUGUAAGUCAGUAAAUUGUUGUACUUGACCCCACGACCGUGGACCUUUUCAUGGGCCCCCCUUGACCUUGGGCUGGAGUCAUCUGUGCCCUUUGACCCCCCUUACAGCAGGCCUGGAUGGUGUGACACCUAGGUGUGAUGGCUGCCAAGCUGCAGACCGUCGUUUGAGUCCUACAGACAACAAAAUGGGUUUCUGUUUUUUAACGAUCUGCAGCAUUUCCAGCCAUUAUAAGGCCACCAACACCGGUUGAUUUUAGUGACACAUGGGAGGCAUUUCCUGUCAUGAAGGUGCCACCAAAACUGGCAUCUUUUUAGAGCAACAUUGGCAGCAUUUCUAGCUGUGAUUGUGGCAGCAAAAGCAAGUAUCGUUUCCCACUUUAACUCUAGCAUUUUAGUUUCAGUGUAUCUGCUACAUAAUAACGUGCAAAUGUUAUAUAUCUGGGGUUUUCAGAAAUGUACAAUGCCAACAUUUAUUCUGGUGAGUCGAAGAAAAGAGGAAAACACAGCCUUGUUAAACCCACAGUAUUUUAUUUGGGAUAUAUGUGAUUCUUUUGUUUCCAAAGUUCUGUAAAAAUGACUCUCAAACUUCUUGAUAUGUGACUUCUCCUGAGUGACAAAGUGCCUUUGCGAACACAGGACUUUGAGAUAAUCUCACCUGCAGAAUACAGAGUAUAUGUAUAUAUAUUUCCAACACAUAUCCCUGUGCACAGAGCUGGUCCUGGACUCCUCACUGUAAUUAUGAAAUGGACUUUAAACAAAAUGUGCUAUGGAACUGCUCAUCCAUGUUUUGGGGAGAUAAUGAGAGAACAUUAUUCCUUUCUUCCCCGCUGUCCCUUCUGUUGAAUUUAAACAAACUUUGUUUGUUGUUUGGUUACGUUGGAAGCCUUUCAACCACAAAGCUUUGUCUUCCAGCAACACAAUGAGCUAUUUGUGAUUCAAAUGAAUGCCUUUGUUUCCUGCGAAUGUUUUUACAUGGAAAGUAAUUCUUGAAGUAGUUAACUGUUUGACAGCUUUCAGCCCUAAAGGUGUGACAGUUAAUUUUAUGGAGGAAAUAAAUGAUUUGAAAGAU